UUCACAGUUCACAACAUUCACCAACAACAGAAAAGAAAGAAGAAGAAAAAGAAAAAGAAAAGGAAAAGGAGUACCUUCAAGGCUUCAACGGCAGUCGGCACUCGGCAGCUUCGGAAGAAGAAGAAGAAGAAGAAGAAGAAGAAGAAGAAGAAGAAGAAGAAGCAUCAGCAGCAGCAGCCGAUUCUCCCAGGCGUGCUUUAGAAGCAAUGGUUAUGAGUGAUCAAUGGGCACAAUACCGAGAAGAUGACCAAGGCAAAGCUAGAUUUGUUCGUGAUAAAGUGGUAGAUGAGGAUUGGUGGGAAAAGGUUGAUUACAUCAUUGCUUUUACUGGGCCCAUUUAUAACAUGAUUAGAGUUUGUGACACAGACAAACCAUGCCUUCAUUUGGUUUAUGAGUUGUGGGAUUCUAUGAUUGAAAAGGCGAAGCAAGUUAUUUUUUAUCAUGAAGGAAAGCAAGCAGAUGGGUUUUCUCCUUUUUAUUAUGUGGUUCAUCGAAUUCUUGUUGAUCAUUGGACAAAGAGCAACACUCCCCUUCAUUGUUUAGCCCAUUCAUUAAAUCCAAGAUUUUAUAGUGAAAAAUGGCUUCAAGAGGGAGAAGGUAGAGUGCCUCCUCAUAUGGAUGGAGAAGUAUCAACUGAGAGAAUUAAAUGCUUUAUGAGGAUUUUUUUCUAAUGAAGAUGAGCGAAUUAGAGCAAAUUAUGAAUUUGCAAAUUUUUCUUUGAAAAGUGGACCUUUUGCUGAUCCUAAUUCUAUUGGAAGUAUGUAUGUUACAGAUCCUAGGAAAUAGUGGGCAUGUUUUAGUUCUAAUGCACCUUUACUUCAAAGGUUGGCUUUUAAAGUGCUUGGACAACCUACUUCCUCCUCUUGUUGUGAAAGAAAUUGAAGUAUUUAUUCCUUCAUUCAUUCAUGCAGAAGGAAUAAAUUAACUCCAAAACGUGCAGAGGACUUGGUUUUUAUCCAUAAUAAUCUUCGUCUUCUGUCGAGAAACUCCUCCCAAUAUUAUGAUGAGAAGACAAAAUUGUGGGAUGUUGGUGGUAAUCAAUUUGGGAGUAUGGAAGAUGUGGGAGUUCUUGAAUUUGCCAACCUUUCAUUGGAUGAACCAAGUUAGAGUCUGUUUUGUUUGAUGAAAAUGCAACUACAAGCAUGGAGAAGGAGAAUGAGAAAGACAGUGAAGUUGAGGAAAUGUUAUAAAUUUCAUUAUCUUUUCUUUUUUAACAUUUGAAUGUGUUGUAGUUAAUAUUUAUUUCUUAUAAGUAUGAAACUUCUAAAUAUGUAUUCUCAUAGUUGAAUUUAAAUGUUGAUUUGAACUUUAUUUAUUA